AUGCGCAGGUCUGCGGCACCAAGUCAGCUGCUCCAGGGCAAUGCAGCAAAGAAGCCACGAUUUGUACCUCCUGCUGCACCGGUACACACUGGUGCAGUGUCCACCUUAGGACCAACAUCAGCACCUGGAAAUGUCCUUAACAAGGUGCAGAGGAACUUGUCUGAGAGGACUGGAGACACUCCAGCUGUUGUCGGAGCCUCUUCAGCGGGUAGGGCUUUAGCCAGGGUUCUGAGUGCCGUCGCUAAGGAAGAGAGGAAAGAAAAUAGCCUGGAGUGUCUCAGCUGUCCCCUGGGAUCAGUGCAGCUCCCGGAUUCUCCCCAACAGUCAUCACACACCACUGUCAUGCCAACAGCCCGGUACUACAGCGUAAUGUGGUGCAAGGCAUCCUCCAGGAAGCAUAAGCGCUGGGAAGGUGACGCUGUGCUCGUGGCUUCAGGACGCAGUGUUGUCCUCAAAGACAUGGAGGGGAAAGAUAUUGGACGAGGGUCAGGUUACAAAGCAUCUGAGCUGGAGAGUCUGUGCGAGGGCCAAACUUUAAUGGUAGGAGGGAAGCAGAUUGAGGUCAUGGGGGUCAUCUCGGAUGAUGACUAUGCUAAGGGACGAUGUUUUCAAGAUGCCAUUGUGGAGUUUCCUUUAGAGAUUACUAAAGCACCAGUGAGACAUCAGAGACCUCAGCUCUCCAAACCCUUUGCCAGACCAGCACUAAAGGAUGCAACUCUGAGAGUGUCUGAACCUGAGGGGCCUGUCUGCAAGCCAAGACAUGAUCCUAAUAGUCCAGGAGCUCUUGUGAUGCCUCGGCCUUCAGCCAAUCACCAGUGGCUUUGUAAUAAAAAUGGACUCACGUUAGUGGAUGUGGUUGUGGACCCUCAUCUAACAAACCACCUGCGACCACAUCAGAGGGAGGGUGUGGUCUUCCUAUAUGAAUGCAUCAUGGGAAUGAGGUUGGCUGGCCGUUGUGGAGCCAUUUUAGCAGAUGAGAUGGGUUUGGGGAAGACACUGCAAUGUGUGUGUGUCUUGUGGACUUUACUGAGGCAGGGGCCUUAUGGUGGGCGGCCUGUGCUGAAUAGAGCAUUGGUGGUUUGCCCCGGUAGUCUGGUGAAAAACUGGGCUAUUGAAUUCAAUAAAUGGCUUGGCAGAGAGAGGAUCAGCGUUUACACUGUUGACCAGGACAACCGUGUGGAGGACUUUAUAUCCUGUCCCCGGUCUCCUGUAAUGGUAAUUAGUUAUGAGAUGUUACUGCGCUCUGUAGAAACCUUAAAGAAGCUGGAGUUUGGUCUGGUCAUCUGUGAUGAGGGCCAUCGGCUUAAAAACAGCAAUAUUAAAACAGCCAGUGCUCUCACUGCCCUGGCCUGCGAACGUCGGGUAAUUCUUACAGGUACCCCUGUUCAGAAUGACCUCCAUGAGUUCUACUCCAUCAUUGAGUUUGUAAAUCCAGGCAUUUUGGGAACUUCAGCGGCUUACAGAAAGAUUUAUGAAGAACCGAUCCUCAAAUCCCGCCAGCCCACCUGCACCGAGGAGGAAAGGUGCAUAGGUGAAGAGCGAGCAGCAGAACUUGCUCGGCUGACCAGCGCAUUUACGCUGCGCAGGACUCAAGAGAUCAUCAACUGUUUCUUACCUGGGCGACUGGAAUGGACGGUGUUCUGUAGGCCCACAGAGCUGCAGGUGCAGCUGUACAACGAGCUGCUCUCUAGCCGACCUGUCAAGGCGUGUUUCGCUGCCUCCAGCGCACACACGUUUACACACAGCCCUCACCUUGCCUGCAUUAAUGCUUUGAAGAAACUAUGCAACCACCCUGGGCUUCUUUACAACACAAUAAAGGAGAAAAAGACUGAUCAUUUGUAUGACAGCAUUUCUAUAGACCUUUUUCCUGAGACCUACACCACUGGAGGUUUUUGCACAGGAGACUCUGGGAAAUUGCUGGUGCUCACAGACCUUUUGGCUGCUAUACAACAUGUCAACUGCACAGACAAGGUUGUGUUAGUGUCUAAUUAUACACAGACACUUGAUCUGCUGCAAGACCUCUGUGUUCACCUUGGUUACACCUGGUGUCGACUCGAUGGACAGACACCUGUUGCCCAGCGACAACGAAUUGUAGACUCCUUUAACCAUCCACACUCCUCCCACUUCCUAUUCCUGCUCAGUUCAAAGGCUGGAGGAGUGGGGCUUAAUCUUGUUGGUGCCUCCCAUCUGGUUUUGUACGAUAUAGACUGGAACCCAGCCAAUGACAUACAGGCCAUGGCCCGAGUAUGGAGAGAUGGGCAGAAGAAAACAGUUCACAUCUACAGAUUUCUAACAACAGGUACCAUAGAAGAAAAGAUCUAUCAGAGACAGGUGAGUAAGCAGGGACUUUCUGGAGCCGUGGUAGACCUGGGGAAAAAGGGUGAGCACAUCAACUUCUCAGCCGAGGAUCUGCGUGACCUUUUUACCUUUGACUCUAAUACCGAUUGCCUCACUCAUGACCUGCUGGACUGCAAGUGCUCAGGGGAUGGAAGAAUGCCAGGUGUGACUGAGGAAGUGGCUCCAGGAAGGGCGUGCCAGUUGGGUCGCCGUGGCAAAGGUGCCAGUGUUCCACAGCGGGUCAGCAUGUCUGAGCUUAUGCAGUGGAAGCAUUAUUCUGGAACCAUUGCAUCAUAUGGUGAUGUUUACUUGGACCAUGCACACAAUCAUAUCACAUAUGCCUUCCAGAGCACUACUUCCAAAACCCAAGAUAUAACGUAAAACAUUCACACAUACAUGCUAAACAUAUAAAAGUGUGGAUUUAACUGAUGGAAUAAAUCUGAUGUGGAGAAUGUUCUGUAACUGUAUGUAAUGCUAACAAAGGAUGUGUGCAGAAAUAAAUCUAAAUAAAACUGUAUUAAAAUGAUUUAAUGUAAA